CCCAGCGAGCUCGUCAUGCGGGCCCAGGAGAGCGUGUACCACGUGGGCUGCUUCUGCUGCUGCGUCUGCGAGAGGCCGCUCCGGAAGGGAGACGAGUUCGUCCUGAAGGGGGGCCAGCCGCUGUGCAGGAGCGACUUCGAGCGCGCGCGCGAGGUGCCCAGCCCGGCCAGCUCGGCCGCCUCCGACUCCGGUAGAAGUGAUGAUGAGGAGAGCCUACGUAAAACGGGAGAAGGUCCUGGGAGAAUUUCGGAGGAGACCAAGGAGCACAAGCGACCGAAACGACCCCGGACAAUCCUGACGACGCAGCAACGCCGGGCGUUCAAGGCAUCGUUUGAAGUUUCUUCAAAGCCAUGCAGGAAGGUAAGAGAAACACUGGCUGCUGAGACAGGGCUGAGCGUCCGAGUUGUACAGGUCUGGUUCCAGAAUCAAAGAGCUAAGAUGAAGAAACUGGCCCGACGGCAGCAGCAGCAGCAGCAGGAUCAGCAGAGCGCGCGGAGGCUCCCGUCCGCUCAAACAAACGCCGCCGGCAGCACCGGGCUUGACGGGAUCAUGACCCCCUACGCCCCGUUGCAGCCACCCCAACAAAUGCUGGCCAUUGAUCAGAGUGUCUGCGGCCCAGAGCACUUCCAGCGAGGCCUCACACCACCGCAGAUGCCGGGGGACUACCUGCACCCCUAUGGUUCUGAGCCCCUUUUCUGCGAGCUGAGCAGCGACGAGGCCUCGCUCAGCAACCCAGGCGAUUGCUUCCUAGCGAUGGUGGAAUCUGGACCCUUCCAGUCACGGAUGGAAAACCCGAUUGACCAUCUGUACUCCAUGCAGAGCUCCUACUUCGCUUCUUGAGUCAUCUGUGGCCCAGAGCAGACCCAGCAUGGGACUCGUUUCCAGCUUCCAGUGGAACAUGAUGGUUCAGUUCACUGGGCAUCAUCGUAUAGAACAAGGA